GGCGGCGGCGGCUGUAGCGGCAGCAGCGGCGGCGGCGGCGGCGGCGGGAGCCGAGGAGGAGGAGGCUCCAGACGCUGCUUUAGGCAACCGGGGACCCGGGAGUGCCCGCGCCCUGAGCUCUCCGCUCCGGAGGCGUCAUGGCCGAGUAUGGGACUCUCCUCCAGGACCUGACUAACAACAUCACCCUUGAAGAUCUGGAACAGCUCAAGUCAGCCUGCAAGGAGGAUAUCCCCAGUGAGAAGAGCGAAGAGAUCACUACAGGCAGUGCCUGGUUUAGCUUCCUGGAGAGCCACAACAAGCUGGACAAAGACAACCUCUCCUAUAUUGAGCACAUCUUUGAGAUCUCCCGCCGUCCUGAUCUACUCACUAUGGUGGUUGACUACAGAACCCGAGUGCUAAAGAUCUCUGAAGAGGAUGAGCUAGACACUAAGCUAACCCGUAUACCCAGUGCCAAGAAGUACAAAGAUAUUAUCCGGCAGCCCUCUGAGGAAGAGAUCAUCAAACUGGCUCCCCCACCGAAGAAGGCCUGAGCAAGGGGGAGGAGGAAGAAGAGGAAGGUUGGACCUUCAUCGGACCAUUCCCUUCCCCACCCUCCAGGGAGGGGGCAAGGGCAACCCCCACCCUAUAUCCACUUACUAACCUGGUCCUAACCCUUACUGUGCGCGUGUGUGUGCGUGUGCGCACGCUCUGGCUGUCUGUCUAUGUCUAGCUCAUCUAGUUCCUCCUCUACAUGAGGGGAUGGGAGUCAGGGGAUAAGGUAGGGGCAUAGUUUCCCCAGUCUAGGGAAGUAGAGGCUACUUCUAUGCAAAUAGAAACUGGCACAUUCUUCCUCCUCUUGCACCCACCCCACCCCCAUCUCUAAAGUAUGGAAGCAGAAAGGAUCUGCAUUUUCCUACAUUGAGGAACUAAGGUAGUGGUGAGGUAUGGGAGAGGUAGGGUAGGUCUAGGAAAGGCAGUAGGGUGGGAAGAUUGGGACACUUGAUUCCCACCUGGAAGAGGUGAAGGAAAGCCAGAGUAGCCUGUGUUGGACCGGCUAGAGCCCAGUUUCCUGCUGUUCUUCAGGCUGGAGGUCCUUGGUGCCAGCAAGUCCCUUUUUGUCCCCCAUCGUGAGUCUAGGAUGGGUAUGAGCCAGGGAUCUAAAGAGAAGACCACUGGAUCCCUUCCUGGUUUCAGUGAUCGAACCCCAUUGGGCAGUCAGCAAUGACCCAUUCACCUCUGUUCUGGAGAAACUGCUGUAAACAUGUACAACUGAGCCUGAAAUGGGGAUACAGGAAGAGACAAGGUCCUUUUCCACUCCUUUAUUCCUUUUCAGACUGUUGGCACAUACUGACCCUGAACCUAGAAGGCUAGGGAAUGAGAUCCUUAGUUUUUAAUCUCAACCUGCUCCCAUCUACAAAGUCACAAUGUGGAUAUUGCAGACAACUUUCCCUCUCUUUUACGUCUAGAACACCCCAAGCCAAAGAGAAGAGAAGUUGUCAAGUAGUGUUUUCCUUUGCACUGAUCCCCACUCCCAAUUCAAUCUAGGAAGGAACUUGGUAACCUUUCUCACUUGAUACCUUGGGCCCCUUGGGCUUGUGGAAGCCUUCUAGCCAAAUCACUAGAGUACAAUGAGUGACCCCAGCCUCCUGCCUGACCCAAGAUGCCUUUCCCUACCCUGACCGUGCUAACUGUGUGUACAUAUAUAUUCUACAUAUAUGUAUAUUAAACCCGCACUGCCAUGUCUGCCCUUUUUGUGGUAUCUAGCAUUAACUUAUUGUUGAGGCCAGAGUGGGGGUGGGAGAGAAAUGCCACAGUUAAGGGAGUUGCAGUCAAAUUGCUACAUAGUCCUAAUAGGAAACUUUUUUUGUCUUAAAUGAACAAAUGCCCCCCCCCCCAAAUCUAAACCAACAAACAUUAAAUUCACAUGCAAACUCAGAGACUACCUAGAAAAAGUUGAACUUAAGAGCUUUUAGUAUGUGGGAACAAAAUUUUAGUGGGAAGGAAGGGCUGGCUGUUAGAAGGAGAAAGAAGCCAGACUGUUUAGAAAAAGCACCCUCAACUCCUAACCCAGCCUACAGUACCCGUUCCCUCUGGCCACUGCUGUGGACACCUGCCUUAACACAUACACCUCGAGGACUCCACGGUUUUGCCUUAAAGGAUCUUCCCAAGUCUCCUCAGCCCUGUCUGGAUUCUCCCUUAAGAAAGAUACUUUUGGAAUUGGAAGGGUGAAAGUGAGCCACGGAUUGUCCUAUUUGGGAUGCUAUGUGUAUGUGAGAAUGAGAGCAAGAGGGGGAAUGAAAUAGGGGGAAAAGGGAGAAAGAUAGGGAGCCUUCUUUAUGGGAAAAAAAAAAUGGGGAGAAGAGAGACAGGGUUAUUUUCAUCAGAGUUGAGUAGUUUCUCUGUGGGGGAAAAAAAAAAUCUAAGAAGACUAACCUCCCACCCCUUGUAUUUGCUGUGAGGUUGCCCCUUCAUGUGCUCCUCUGUCUGCAGUGUGCACGGCCUUGUUCUAACCCGGAAUAAAGGUGAAUGAUUGUACUCU